CCUUGCUCACGGCGCGCUCACGUCAUGUGACCGCCCGAGAGGCACCUGACACCAGUGGCGAAGAAGGAGGCGACCCGCGACGAGAUGGAGGCUACCUUAGAGCAACACUUGGAGGACACAAUGAAGAAUCCAUCCAUUGUUGGAGUCCUGUGCACAGAUUCACAAGGACUCAAUCUAGGUUGCCGUGGAACCCUAUCAGAUGAGCAUGCUGGAGUGAUAUCUGUUCUAGCCCAGCAAGCAGCUAAGCUAACUUCGGACCCCACUGAUAUUCCUGUGGUGUGUUUAGAAUCAGAUAAUGGGAACAUCAUGAUCCAGAAACACGAUGGCAUCACAGUGGCAGUGCACAAAAUGGCUUCUUGACAUCUCGUGUCGGUGCUCCUGCAUAUCAGCUCUCUUGCAGCCUGUCACAGGGACUCGGUCGCACCUUAUGUGAAUUAGCUCAUAGAACUAUUAAACCAUUCGUGUAAUAUGCAUUGGGCACUUUUCUGUUAAUUUCAGAGUAGGUUGCUUUUUGACACUCUGUGGAUUUAGUUAGGAAAGGAUCAUGUUUUGAAGCAGCAGGUUUAGGUCACCUUGUAUAUAGAAUUUUGUUAAGUUUAAUAAACCUGGUUGGAGGAAA